UUUCUUCCGUGUUAAGAAAUGAAUAGGUAAUUCGCGUAUAUUUAAACUAAAAGUUAAUGGGUUAACAGACAGAUUAUCUUGAUGGCGUCGUCAAAGAUUGUUGUUGCUGCCAUUGACUUUGGUACAACGUUUUCAGGAUAUGCAUUUUCCUUCGCUCAUGAUUAUGAAAAUGAUCCAUUGAAGAUUCAGACAAAUCACUGGAUCGGCGGAGGUCAUUUGUCACUCAAGGCACCGACGUCAAUAUUGUUUAGUCCCGACAAACGAUUCCAUUCAUUUGGAUAUGAAGCAGAAGAUAAAUACUCGGAUUUGGCGGAAGAAGACAUGCAUUCUGACUGGUACUUCUUUCGGAGGUUUAAGAUGAUACUUCAUCAAAAUAAGGUAUUGUCAAGAAAAACGCUUCUGCUGGAAGUAAACAGGAAACCACUAUCAGCUCUUACAGUGUUUUCGGAAGCCAUAAAAUACUUAAAGAAGAAUCUGACCGAGACAAUAUUUAAGAGGGUGACAGGCUUUGAAGAAAGUGACAUUUACUGGGUCCUGACUGUUCCAGCAAUAUGGACAGACGCAGCGAAACAGUUCAUGCGUGAGUCUGCCCUUCAGGCUGGUAUAAAUGGAAAGCGCCUUGAACUAGUUCUCGAGCCAGAGGCGGCAUCGGCUUUCUGUAAAUGUCUCCCGGUAGAACGUCUCAACGAUGGCCAGUCAAUGACUUUUGACUGCUUUCUUCCGGGAACUUGUUACAUCGUUCUUGAUUUAGGAGGUGGAACAGUUGACAUCACAGUUCACUCUGUUCAAGAAGAUGGCAGUCUUUCUGAAAUUGCAAAGGCCAGCGGUGGUGCUUGGGGCAGUACACAAGUUGAUGAUGCUUAUCUUGGAUGUUUGGCAGAGAUGUUUGGAACCAAAGUUAUUGAAACAUUUAAGAAAGAGCAUACUGGAGAUUUUUUAGACAUGAUGAGAGACUUUGAAGUAAAGAAGAGGGCAAUAUCUGAGGAGAAAGAAGGCAACAUAGUACUCAGGAUUCCAGCAGCGUUUGCAGAAACAUACAAGAGCUUGAACAGUAGUCCUAUUUCGAAGCACAUCUUUAAGGGACGCUUUGCUGAAAUAACCCAGCUCAAGAGGGAUAAGCUCAACAUAAAUGUUGAUGUAUUUAAACAGUUUUUCGCAAGUUCAAUAUCAAACACCAUUGAACAUGUCAAAAGAAUCUUAGCCGAGAAUGAGUGCAGUAACAUCAGUACAAUUUUGCUUGUAGGUUGCUUUGCAGAAUCUGAGAUAGUACAACAAAGAAUUCGUGAAGCGUUUCCAAAUAAGAGAGUGAUCGUUCCUAGCGAGUCCGGAUUAUCGGUCCUCAAAGGAGCAGUUCUUCUUGGUCAUUUCCCAAGAAUAAUGAAGAGCAGGAUCAGUAAAUAUACCUACGGGACCGAAGUGAUAAAUAGAUUUGAAACAGGGCAGCCAAAAAAUACAAAGUAUUCGAAAAUGAAGAAUUCAGAUGUCGUUAUAUAUUUAAAAAAUUUGUACGAGCUGGAGAGGCAGUACCCGUAGGAACUAUAGUUGAAAAGCAUUACAUCUCGGACACAUUUGAUGUAAAGGAGGGUCUUGGAUUUUAUGCCUCAACGGAAGAAAAUCCACAAUACGUAACGGAAGAAAGCUGUUUCAAAAUUGGCACUGUUAAAGUUGAAAAAGUACGAGAAGAGUAUAAGCUCGAAAUGCAUUUUGGAGAAACGGAAAUCCUUCUUAAGUUCAUUUUUGCCGACGGAAAGAGACAAACUGAGACAAUCAACUUUCUCUGUGACUAGAAUAAAUAUAACUUUCUAGUUAUAUGUGGAUAUUGCAUUUUAAAUCAAAGACCUAACAGGUUCAAUCAAACCAAGUCUACUAUUACUUUGCAUGGUUGCAUUUUGUUGUUUUUUUUUGCUUCCAAAGGAUCUUCUAAUAGAUUUUUUGAUUAUCACAGCAGCAGUCUUCAAGUGAUGUGUAACGGCUGUAAAAAGUUUCUCCCUAUUUUGACUUGUUAUAUUUUCUGGUCCUUUGGGAUCGUGGAGUCAGAAUCAGUUUUACUGUAAUACCACGGUCACACAUACGGCGCGGAUAGCUACUUCUAGCUACGGAUAGAAACGUAGUAACCCGAAUCGAUCCGUACCUGAGCCGAACGGAUUGGUACGGAUUGAUACGGAUUACUACUUUAAGGUACGGCUCAGGUACGGAUCGAUACGAAUUACUCGGUUUCUAUCCGUGGCUAGACGUAGCUAUCCGCGCCGUAUGUGUGACUGGGGUAUUAUAGAGUUCCGCGUACGACGAUGCUAGUUGGCGUGAGGUAUGUUGCAUGGCUCAUAACCUGUCAUGAACAGACUCAGUCAAACCUUGUUUACUAUUAUUUUGCUUCGUUGCUUUCCAUGCCUUCAAAGGAUCAUGUUAUAGAUAACAAACUGUAGAUUUUCUUAACAAUUUUUAAUAGUUUUGUUAUAAUAGUCUAGUGGAAAUAAAUAAAUUUCUCACGCAAAAAUUACUCGCAAUUGUGACGGACACCCUCAGUGAAAUCAUUAAUAUUAGCGAGGGACUAAUUUUCGUUGAUUCUGUGGUUGUAUCAUCCACAAAAUUAUAUCCUAACGAACUAAUAAAAUUCCCGAAAUCUACGAAUUCAUAUCCCAACGAAAUAGCAAUUUUGUUCAAAACCUAAAAUUUCAUGUCCACAAAAUUAAAUGAUUUUACUGUAUUUUUUCCUUACUGAAUUAUUUAACCUAUGAAGAACAUAGAAAGAUUCGGAGCGGAUAACCUUGGCUACAGAUAUUGCACCUUUUCCUCUUAUAUGAUUCCAACUAAGAUCUAGAGUCUCUAGAGAUUCAUUUUGUGCUAAAAUGGAUAAACAUAAAUGCUACCAAACAGAAACAUUGCUGUAUGUCGUAGGAAGUCCACCAUUGCUACGUAAUAUACAUAUACACGUAACGCGAUACAUGAAAUAGUGUUUAAAGGGUUUAAAGAAAAAUAGACAGUUUUGUACUUAAAAUGCAUACACUAUUAUAAUUAAAUCAUCUAAAACAUAA